AUCAUUAUAUAUCAGAAGAACAUAACUUUCACAUUCAAAGAUCAAUAAAUAUCAGAAGAACAUAACUUUCACAUUCAAAGAAUUUUAAGCGACAUCUCAAGUCUCAAUGGAAGCAACAUCACAACAAUUUAUGUCUCAGAGUUACCUUAACGCUCAAGAAACCACCACAAGGGCAACGAAAAAUUACCUAACUUCGCUCCAUUCGACACGUAAACAACCUUCAAAGCCCUUGAAGAGGCCUGCAAUAUCAUCACCUUUGAAUCCAAUGCAUCCUCAUGUCUACCGAGUCGAGCCAGUAAACUUCAAAGUGUUGGUUCAGAGGCUAACCGGUGCACCUGAGCACGAGACUGUGCAGGCUAAACCGCUCAAGACUUCGGAUGAUGCAGCAAAGCAGAGUUCUUCGUCAUUUGCGUUUGAUCCAUCAUCAUCUUGGGGAGAUUUCUCAUUCCAAAAUCCUGCAAAUAUUUCCAGAUGGUAGCUUCUACUCUUGCAAAAUGCUUCUUUUGAUUGAAAUGCUUAACAUUCUUGUAUUUAUUUUUAGUUUGUUUUUAAUAAACCAGAAAGAUGUAAUCAUAUAUUUUUCAGACUCGCAUUCUAGAAUUAAUUUGUUAUGUCAUUUAUCUGUAACACACACAUAAUUUGUG